AUGGCCGCCCCGCCCCCCGGCUUCGCCAUUAUUGCGCACCGCGGCGACUCCGACGCCGCCCCCGAGAACACAUUCGCCGCCUUCGACCUGGCGCUGUCCCGCGGCUUCCCCGCGUUUGAAACCGACGCCCAGCUGUCGGCGGACGGCGCCGCGGUGCUGCUGCACUGCGAGGAGCUGGGGCGCACCUGCGAUGGGGCUGGCGACGUCGCGGGCACCUCGCUGGACGCCUUGAAGCAGCUGGACGCCGGAUCGUGGUUUUCGCCCCAGUUUGCGGGAGCUUAA